AGGAAAGUUUACCAGGAUUGUAUUCUAACAUGUAUGAUUAUGUUAUUUUUUGCAGUUCUAGGAAUUAAGGCAUUUGGUAGUUCAUUUUUAGUCUUGUGUCAAGUAGCAAGGGAGAAGAGGCAAUGAGUUGCUUUGGCUGUUGUGUGGAUGAUGAUAUACCAAAGGCUGCUGCUAGAGGACCCUACAAGGCAAAUCAAUCAGCAGGAAAUGCCGGUGAUCAUGGUCAUCAUGCUACUGUGACAGCUCCAAGGGACACGAUAACAACUAACAUUCAGCCUAUUGCUAUCCCUGAGCUCUCAGUGGAAGAAUUGAAAGAUAUUACAGAUAACUUUGGCUCAAAAGCUUUGAUUGGGGAGGGGGCUCGUGGAAGUGUAUAUCAAGGUGUGCUGAGAAGUGGGCAGGCCGCGGCAAUUAAAAAAUUAGACUCCAGUAAGCAACCAGAUCAAGAGUUUCUAGCACAGGUUUCUAUUGCAUCACGGCUUAAACAUGAUAAUGUUGUUGAGCUACUUGGCUAUUGUGUGAAUGGUGGUCAUUGUGUCCUUGCCUACGAGUAUGCUUCAAAUGGAUCUCUUCGUGACAUUCUUCACGGGAAGAAAGGUGUUAAGGGUGCCCAACGAGGUCCAGUUUUAUCAUGGUCCCAAAGAGUGAAGAUUGCACUGGGGGUAGCAAAGGGACUUGAGUAUCUCCAUGAAGAGACACAGCCUCAGAUCAUCCAUCGAGAUAUCAAGUCCAGCAAUGUUUCACUUUUUGGUGCUGAUGUGGCUAAAAUUGCUGAUUUCGACCUCUCAAACCAACCACCGGACAUGGCAGCACACCUUCAUUCAACUCGAGUGCUUGGAACUUUUGUUUAUCAUGCACCUGAAUAUGCAAUGACUGGACGACUUAGCUCAAAAAGCGAUGUUUACAGCUUCGGUGUGAUCCUAUUGGAACUCUUAACAGGGCGUAAACCUGUUGAUGACACACUCCCUCGAGGACAGCAGAGUUUAGUGACAUGGGCAACCCCGAAACUCAGUGAAGAUAAAGUGGGACAAUGUGUUGACACUAGACUUGGCGGAGAAUACCCACCCAAGGCAGUUGCCAAGAUGGCUGCAGUUGCCGCCUUGUGCUUGCAGUACGAAGCUCAUUUUCGUCCAAAUAUGAGUAUUAUAGUGAAAGCUCUCCGUCCUUUGGUGAAGCCUCGGCCUUUAACUCCACGUCAAUCACAUCACUAGCGGAUUACUUCCCUAAUCUAUGAUCUACACCUCUCAAAUUGUAGUUUUGAUAUGUUAUUAUCGGCUAAAGUUUGAAUUGGUUAAGUUCUCUUUAGCCAUCAAACAAAAAUUUGUGCACGGUUUGUGAAUGCAAUUAUAUCAAA